AUGGGGUCCUUUUCUUACGGUCGAUUUGGUUCCCUCACGGACGAAACUGGUGAUGUUGACUGGCUCUAUGAACUGCAGCACCCGAUCACAAAAACCAGAAGCCUGAUCUCCACAGCCUUGCAGGCUAUGCAUGCACCCACAAUAACUUUUACAAUAGAGUUCAUUUGUCAAGACAUGUACUUUCCAGGAAUCAACCAUGCAUACGCAGAAUAUUUAGACGUAGAAUCAUACACAAUUGAGAGAAAAGAGUUCAAUAAGAUGGAUAUGAUGCCUUUUAUCACCAAUAAGAAAUCAGCAGAAGAUGCCCUCAGAACUAUGUUUUUGAACACCAGAACAUGGAAUAACAUGCUCAUCUUUGAGACAUGCAGUGAGAAGCGUGAAUCAAUGUUCACUGAGAUCUCGGAAACUAUCUUCUCUUUUCUUGAUAGAAGAUUGAACCGGAGAGUUUCAGAGAUUGUCUUCAAUUUGGAAGUGCAGAAGUUUAUACCGAUAAGAGUAGAUGACAUACCGGAAGAAUUUCAGUUUCUUGAGGAAUUGGAGGACUUUGAUCUUGAUGGGUUUGAUGAGCAGUACGAUGAAUAUAAUUGUCCGGCACCACAGGCACUUUUGGAGAGCAUGGUGACAGAGGUGUUUCAUGGUGAAGAAGAGGACAUGGACUGUGUUAUAUGUUUGGAAGAGCUUGUUUCUGGCACGGAGGUGAAGCGUUUGCCUUGCUCUCAUUGCUUCCAUGGACAAUGCAUUGAUGGUUGGUUUCAAGGGAUGGAUAAAUGCCCAAUUUGUAGAUUCACUUUGCCUGCAUGA